AUGGCUAGUGAGGAGAGUUUUAUAGUGUUGGUUCACCACAGAGGAUCCAUUAAAAGAAAAACUCGUUCCGGUGUGAAGUUCACUGAUAAGGAUCCUCUUUGUAUUAUCGUCAGGCCUGCGACGAGGUAUGAGGACCUUGUUAGCUCCGUACUGCUGAAACUUGGUCUAGAAGGUGUGAAACAGGUUAAGAAGUUUUUUUAUCGAAUUCCAAUCACGGUGCUCCAGGAAACCGUAAAGUACGAUUGUUUCCCGAUCGGGAGUGAUGAGGACUUGCAGGUCAUGUUUCAUUGUUGCCGGCAGUUUCCAGAGGUGAGGACACCAGAACUGUUGGCAAAGUUGGUUGACGCGGUGUCCAGCUCGGGCGGUUCGAACCGGAAUACCACCACUUUAGCCACGGUAGCCGGUUCUAGCUCCAGACCUGCCGUUGCAUCUUCCUCCGUCCCUGCGUACGAGCCACCCGUCCAACCUGUCGCCUCCCAUUCGUUUGCUGUAGAUCUCAACGGCAGUGUAGGCGAAGAGGUCGGAGAAGGGGAAUAUCUGCGGACCUCUUUACAGUGUGCUGCACUGGAUGGGGUUGGAGAUGGAUUCUUGGAUGAUCCAGAGGACGAUGAUGUCGAGCCGGAUAUGAUUGCUGAUGACAGUGGCGAUGAUGUUGGAGCAAGUGAGCCUGCUGGGGCGGGUGGUGGUUCUAGCUUUGGCACGCAACAGUACUCUCCACAUUUUUCCUCUUUGGAUCUAGAUGCCAUGAGGCAGGAGGGGGUUCCUGGGCAGCUGGCUGGAUUUGACGCUAGAGAUGCUGAAGGGUCUGCAGGUCUGACAGAGUUUUAG